CAGUGAGCCCUCACAUAUUACCAACAAAAAUACAAAAUCACGGAAACCCUAAGUCUUCUUUAUAUCUCUAGAGAUGAUCAGGACGACGCAGAUUCUUCAACAACAGUCUAGGCAUGUUCUUGCUAAUUAUAGUAUCAAUAAUUGUUUGACUCGUCGCUCCUACAAAACCCUAUCGGCUGUGAAGGCGCAUUUAGAACGAUGGCGGUCGGAACAAGGGGAUCAAGUGAAGCCGUCUUACGUCAGAGGCGUCAUCAAGAAUUUUCGUGACUUUAAUCAGUGUUCUAAAGCACUUGAGGCUUCGGAGUGGAUGUGUGAACAGAAGGUCUUUAAUAUAUUUUCGGAAGACUAUGCAGCUCGGCUUCAACUGGUUGAGACUGUGCUUGGUUUGGAAGAAGCGGAGAAGUUCUUCGAAAGCAUCCCGGAAAACAUGAGGGAUUACUCUGUCUACGACAAUCUCUUGAGAUCUUACACUAAAUCUGAAAAAACACUAGAUAAAGCUGAGGCCACGUUUGAGAAGAUGAGAGAUCUCGGUUUCCUCUUGAAACCUUCCCCAUUCAACUCGAUGAUUAGUCUCUACCGUCACCUCAAGAAAAAAGAUAUGGUCAAGAAGCUUGAACGUGAAAUGAUGGAGAACGAUGUGAGGUUCGACAGUCACAAGGAAAUUAGUGUUUUGAGUAUCUUGAGGUCUUAUAAAAGAGAUGUAAUGUACCCUGUAUGGAAUUAUAAUAAGAAGAUAGGAAAGAUGACGGAUGAAGGAUAUCGAAGUAGGAUUAGCUAUUUAUUGAAGCUGGACGAUGUACAAGGAGCAGAGAAGUUAUAUGAAGAGUGGAAACCGGCAGGACCGAAGCUGGAUAUGAGCAUACCAAGUUUGCUGAUUUCUCGGUUUUGUGCGGAAGGGAAAGGAUCCAAGGUUGAAGAAUUGGUUGAUUCGAUAAGAAAGAAGAAAAUUGGGAUGCUAAAAGAACGGUCGGCUUUUUUGGUGGCAUCAGAGUGGAUGUGUCAACAAAGGGUCUUUAAUAUUUUUCCGGAAGAUUAUGCAGCUAGACUUAAUCUUGUUGAGACUGUACUUGGUUUGGAAGAAGCGGAGAAGUUCUUUGAAAGCAUCCCCGAAAACAUGAAGGAUUACUCUGUCUACGACAAUCUCUUGAGAAUUUACACAGAAUCGGAGGAAACAUUAUAUGAAGCUGAGGAGACGUUUGAGAAGAUGAGAGAUCUUGGUUUCCUCUCGAUACCUUCCCCGUACAACUCGAUGAUUUCUCUCUACCGUAAGCUCAAGAAACGAGAUAAGGUCAAGAAGCUUCAACGUGAAAUGAUGGAAAACAAUGUGAAGAUCGAUAGACCCAUUGAGCUUAAUGUUUUGUCUAUAGUAAGCGAUUUUAAAAGAGACUGUCUGGACCCGUUAUGGAAUAAGUACAAGAAGGAAGGAAAGCUGAUGGAUGAUGAAUAUCGAGUUAGGAUUAGCUAUUUGUUGAAGAUGGAUGAUGUACAAGGAGCAGAUAAUAUAUAUGAAAAGUGGCAACCGACAGGACCGAAGCUGGAUAUGACCGUACCAGGUUUGCUGAUUUCGCGGUUUCGUGCGGAAGGGAAUGAAUCCAAGGUUGAGGAAAUGGUUAAUUGGAUAAGAAUUAAGGGAAUUGUGAUGCAUUUAGCGACGUUAACACUAUGUUUGAUCAACUUGGGGGUUGAUAUGGAGAUCGAGAGUCACGAUUCAGUCCCUGGGAAGAAUCUAGUUAAAGUCGAGUUCAAGCUUGGGACAGAGAGCUACACGAUUGAUUCAAUCAAGGGUGAUACUGUAUUUGACCAAUUGGUUUCGAUGAAAGAAGAAAGUAUGAAGAUACUUAAAGAUUUUAUCACUAAGCAUAAUGUUCAAGAUGAUGAUGUCCCUGACCAAAUCUUGUCUGAUGAAGAAGAAGGUGAUGAUGAUGAUGAUGAUGCUUCUCCUGUAAUAUGUCCUGUGAAACCCAAGAAGACAAAGAUUUGAUUUUUUUCCUUUCAUUUAUCACUUGUUGUCUUGUCUUUUUAUCUAUGGAUGAAACCUUUUGGCAAAUUUCCUGUUUGUGGAACAGUUUUGUUUAUCUAAGAAGAAUUUGAGGACUUAGGUUAAGUGAUGUUCAAAUUUUAGCAUCUGCUAGGUGGAAUAUAGAAAUGGUGUUGUU